UAUCGUCAUUCAGCGUCAUUGCGUCAGUGAUUUCACAUUAUUUGAACGAAGUGACGUGUUUGAUUUCAGUAAAUGCACUUUCUCAUAGUGAACAGACAUGACAGUACGUGUUGAUUGAUAAUUGUGAACUUCAGAUAUAUUGUAUAUUCUUAAUAGAACCUCCAAGUAGAAUUAUUUCGUUUCAACAUUUGCACUUUAAUAGAGAAACGAUCUGAACUUUAUACGGUCACGCGAUACAGAGGACAAGCAAAACGUCAAUUCUGGUAUAUUCUAGAAAUAAAGUUGCCUCUCACUUUUGUGAAUUCAUGAAAAAUCAUGAGGCCCGCUCAAAGAAGACAACAGGGUUUGCAGUAUGGGAUUGUUUUGCUUGGUAUGCAAGCCAUGAAUUUUGGUCUUGACAAAAUUCCACCAGCUACUUUAAUCACAAUUAUUGGACAAGUUUUACUAUACGUCGGUUUAAUACAAGUUCCAUGGAAUGCAGAGGAAGUGUGUAUAUCUGCUGCAAAAGUGUUUAAAUAUAGAAGUUGGAAAUCAUUUGUCAUAUCAAAUUUUGAACAUGGCUCUGAUAUGCACUUGUAUUAUAAUAUGGUGUCUUUAAUUUUAAAAGGCGCAUACUUAGAACCUAUGUAUGGAACAAUGAAUUUUGCUUUCUUAUUGGGUAUCCUAUCGCUUGGAUGUAGUGCUAUGUACACAUGCUUAGGCUAUUCAUUGACCCAGCUAACUGGAGAUUAUGGGUACUAUACCCAAUGUGCUAUUGGGUUCUCUGCCGUGUUGUUUGCAUUGAAAGUAAUUGUGGUUUGUGAAGAACACGAUAGAAUGCACAAUGUUGGAGGUCUCAGAGUUCCCAGCAAAAUUGCUGUCUGGGUGGAAUUAGUUUUGAUUCAUCUUCUGGUACCACAAUCUUCAUUCAUGGGACACCUUGGCGGCAUCCUGGUUGGCUGCUUAUACUGUUACACUUUUGUUGGUGAAAUAGUUGACAACUUAUUGUGUAACCUGACUGGCACUCCUAUUAUACAUGAGGAACAGUUUUAUAGGAGACGAAGUUCAUUCUUCAGAUGAACAAAUUUGGUAUUUGUUUCAGAAACUUUGACUAUCUGUUUGUAAAUUUAAAUGUAUUUUGAUAAAAAUAUACAAUAUUUAUAACUUACCACGAUUAUGUUCCUCAGUACUGUACUGAAAUAUUUAUAGUGCUAUGUCUAUAACUUAAAGAAAUGGAUGUUUGCGAUAAUAAUACGAAAACCAUAAUAAAAUUGUUUUAUUUAUUAUACAUUGUACGAGGACAUGAACAAAUUGGUAUAAGAGCGUCGAACUUAUUUUUCUGAAUAUACUAGAAUACUUCUGUAUAUAUGUACAUAUGAGACAAUGUGAAACUACAUUCUGUAUUACUUUAUACUGUAAACAAUAUUUGUUACUUUAUGUAAAAGAAUAAAUUAAUUUUCUAUUA